CCUUGAUUUCCCACUCCUUGAGACAUCUAAAUCUAUUUUGACCAAAGGACAGCUCUCUGAGACUGAGUUUCUGUCGGUGGAUUGGUUAGCUUGCUGUGGGGUUGACUUUGAGGGCCGUCCGUUUGGAACCAAAGCCGUUUGGACGUUCGGUGCAAGCCAUCACAAGACCUCCGAAAUACACAAGACCUCCGAAAGCGCACAGGGCUAAUGAAACUCCCAGAGGGCUAAGUCUGGCUAAGUGAAGCUCCCACCUCUCGCUGGAGAAUCCCAAUAGGAAGACUGUCAAGGCAGUACGUUCAAUAAUAGGAAUCAUUGAAUGAACACCGGUGCCUUUUGCCCAAGACACUCAUCCAGGGAUCAUCACUUCCCGAAGAAAACGUGCUUCGGAUUGUGUUGCGUGUUGGCGACAGCAAAGCUGCGGUAUACCGGUGGUCCCACAGCAAUAAGGCUCAAAAGAAGAAAGGCCCCUAAAGAGCGAGCUGGGUUUUGCCCACAAAAAAGACUGCUUCAUUUGUAGCUGAAGCCUGCUUCACUUGGAGAACCCGUCCAAUGAAGGUCUGUGGCAUUUUGAGUUUACUUCUUUUGAGAACUUGUCCAGUGUGGCUGCUAUGAACCAGCUACACGAACUGGGUCCCUUCCGGUGUCCAAAAAGCCGGCCAACUGGGUCCCUUCUCCCUCCGGGUGCUGGAGUGUGCUGGAGUGUGCUUCAGCCUCCUCGCGGGCGUGUGACUUUUCAGGAGUGGAAUGCACAUCUCACCACAGUGGGCCGCCAGAAGCAUUGGCAAGUGGCUUUGGCCCUGGCGGAGGAGAUGCAGACUCGGCUGCAAAUCUCCUGGGACAAGUUUACCUUUAGUGCCCUUAUCUCAGCCUGCUCAAGCAGUUCUGUUCCAGGCGCUGCCUUGGCGCUGUUGGAGGCCAUGCCCAGGGCCCAAGUGCCGCCCAACGCCUUUGCGUUGGGCGCCGCGGCCGCGGCCUGUGUGCGCGGCCAGUGGUGGCACCAAGCACUUGAGCUCGUCACGGUGGAGAUGCAGCAGCUGAAGUUGAAGCAGACCACGGUCACCUACGGCACCGCUGUGAACGCCUGUUCCGUGGCCGCCUGGUGGGAGAAGUCCUUGGCGUUGCUGGACAACCUCCAGACGGAGCGACUCAGUGCCAGUGUCAUCCUGUGCAACAGCGUGAUCCGCAGCUGCGAACGUGCUGGACGCUGGCUGGAGGCGUUGCAGCUGUUGAAGGCGACUCCAGAGCGAGAUGUAGUGGGUUUCAGCUCGGCCCUGCAAGCCUGUGCCAAAGCUGCGCAGUGGGCCAUGGCCUUGGCAGUCUUCGACCAGAUACCCCGUGCAGGUCUUCGUCAGAACCUGCACGCGACCACGGGCGCCAUCAUUGCGGCAGGUCAAGGUCUACACUGGCUUUCUUCACUUCGAUUGCUCCGCUCCCUUGGUGAGGACGCGGAUGUUCCAGCGCAUGCUGCCAGUAUCGGAGCAUGUGAGCUGUCCAUGCAGUGGCGACAGGCCCUCUCGCUACUGGUGCAACUCUUGGAUCGGAGCCAGGAACCCAACAUGGCUUGCUACAACGUGACCAUCAGCGCUUGCUUCAAGAGUGGGGCGUGGCAACAGACUUUUUGGCUCCUGCAGCACUUGCAGCGCCAAGGGUUGGAGCUGGAUGGCUUAAAUACGUGGGUCAUGGUCGAAGCCUUGGGCCAUUCUGGCCAGGCUCUCCCUUCAGCAAUCUCCGCCUAUCGCCGCCGGAUGGACGAGGACGCGACGCCGAUUCCUCGAACGAUGGAAAAGCGACGCCAGAAGCGAGGGAACUCUCUCCUUUCGUCCGUCGACCCUUGGUGUCUGGGUGGCGAGAUGGAGGAGAUGGACGUGGACGACCGCGACAUCGGCCGCAUCAUCGGCCGGGCGGGCUGCAACAUCCGCGACCUGCAGGAGGGCACCAAGUGCAAGAUCAUCACGCCCAACAAGCGAGGGGACAACGAUGAUCCUGCGCUGCGGAAGGUCAUCAUCCAAGGCACCAAGGAGCAGAUUGCUAGGUGCAAGGAGGCCAUCAACGGCGUGUUGAUGGGUGAAGAACCCAAAGAUGUUCUUGCUCAGUUAGAUGGAGCUGUGCUCAUCAAGAACAUCGAGCCAAUGUCCAUGGGACAUUUGGCCAAGAUCAAGGGCCGCAUCGAGCAGGACAUGAACGUCCGCAUCGAGCUCGAUGCUCGUUCAGCCCGGAUCUGGAGCAAAGACAAUGACCACGACAAGGCCAUUGAUGCCAAAGAGAAGAUCGAAGAAGAGAUGGAAGACAUCACUACUGUGGAUACUCUCACAGUGACUGUGCCGGCCAAUAUCGUGAAUCAGGUGAUCAAUGACAGCGCCUUGAGGCAGUUGCAGGACCAAACGGGCCUCACCGCCAACGUCUGCAAGAACGACCAGGGCACUGGCAUCCGCUUGACCGGUCUAUCUGGUGCGAUCCAGGAGGCGAAAGCUCUCAUCGAGCGUCGAAGCACUGGUGAGGGGGCGGAGUUCCUGGCGCUGAUGCCCGGCCUCUUUCAGAAGAUGCAGCCCAAGGCUUACUCAGACUUCCAGAGAGACUUGAGCUUUCUGAUGCAGAACACCGGCGCCCAGGUGACCAUCGCGGAGGGCUCCAAUCGCGCAGACUUCCGUGGCGGCCCCGAUGAGGUGAGACAGGCAAAAUCCGAGCUGCAAAAGAUCUUACACUUCUACUUUCCACAGGAGUGUGACACGAUCGAGCUGCCGCCAGAAUCCGUGGAUUGGGUGGCGGGCGACGAUGACCGGGAGCUCAUGAGACUUCAGAGUGCCGGCGCCGUCAUUGCGCUGGACCGGGCUGCAGCCACAAUGUGGAUGUGUGGCAACCCGAGGUCUGUGGAGCAGGUGCGCAACCGCAUCCGGAACUCGCUCCAGCGCUGGGACCGAGAGCACGCGGUGAUCCGGCUCCCCUCGCGCGAGUCGGGCUGGGCGAUCAUCGGCAAAGGCCGCGCAUCAGCGGGAGGGAUGGUGAUGAUGGUGAGUGGAUACGGGAGGGAUGGUGAGUGGAUGGCUGAAAAUUGGCCUGUGGACUGGGAAGAUCAGGCUCCAUUCGAGAGCUCAGGUGGCUCCACCAUUCGAGAGCUGCAAACCUCCACUCAGAUUGGCGCCCUGGAAGAUGAGGAAGAAGAGCUUGAGGAAGAUCCUGAGGAAGCGCAUCCUGAAGAUGAGUCAGAUGACGAUGUUGAUGAAGAUCAAGAGGUCGCUGAACCCUCCCGAUCCUCACGGUUGACCAAAGUGAAAGAUGUCAGAAAGGCUUCAAAGUCAAGCAAGAAGGUGCAAGAGGUUGGGGAGCAAUCGUUGGAGAAAAAGAAGCGAAAGACUCGGGCAGCCCGCAACGCCGUGUGCUUCCGCUAUUUCGAAGGCCGGUGCAAGUUUGACGACUGCAAAUUCCUGCACGUGAAUCCCAGCAAGCUCACUCAUGACGAGCGAGCUCAAGUUCUAAGAGAGCUGCCUCUCCGUCCGUACAGUAAGAAGCUGGCUGAGGUGAUCGCAUCUUUGAACAUUCCUCGUUGCAAAGACUUUCAUCAAAGGGGCGGCUGCAAGAGACCUGCGGGCAAGUGCCAUUUUUGGCACCUCACCGAUGCCACGGAGUCGACGGAGCUCGAGGAACUUGUGUCUCUGAGGGGCCGUGGUCGACAUGGCAAGAGCAAGUCUUCCAGUGCCCAGAACACACGUGAGGAAAAGAGGCCCAGCAAUUCACCAGUACGAGCCAUUUAUGCAAUGAACUUGGGAGCCCUGCAAGAUGGAGACGAGUUCAUGCCCAAUGAAGUUCAUUGUUGGAGGGACCUUUUUGCAGGGAGUGAAGCAGAUUCUGGGGAUUUGGAGUCGAUGGUGAAUGCUGAAAACGCUGCCAGGGCACCAUGA